UAAAAGUUUUAACACUGAAUAAAAUGUAAAUACAAAUGUAAAUACAUACAACAUAAAAACUGUGAUGUUUUACAUCGUUUUCAAUCAUGUUUUAGUUUAAAAAAACAAAUUUAUUCAAGUUUGUUGAAGCAGGAUAAGAUAGCUGCUUUUAUCAUGUGUAAGAGGUGUGUUCGUGUGUGUGUGCGUGCGUGUGUGUGUGUGUGUGUGCAUGCAUGCGUGAGUCAGUCGAUUAGUGAGUGGACACUGUGUGAUCUUUACUGAUCAUUACCAGUCUGGGUCCAUCAUGGAGACUGGAAAGCAAAUAACAGGAACGCUGAUUGUGGCCGUGUUCACAGCUGCUCUGGGGUCCUUGCAGUUUGGAUACAGUCUAGGAGUCAUUAAUGCACCUCAGAAG